AUGGAACCUAACAGCUCUGAUAAUUUUGAAUACGUUUUACAGUUAACAAGAAUCCUCAGUACUGAAUGCAGGUCCAGCAGACAACAAACUGAACACAUCAAUCAUAUUCUAAGUAAAGUGGCGAAACUGUCUGGGGUUUCUUAUGAACAAUAUAGUGAGGGUGUUGAUAAAACAACACAAGAGAGGUACGAUGCAAUUUCAGGGAAAUCAGAAAUUGAAACUUUAGUUUCUGAAAAUUAUAAUCUUAUUUAUAAAAUUGAACAACAGGACUAUAUGAACAAAAAAGUAUGGACUUUGAUUAAUCAUGUUAAUGAGCAUAUAAAUUCUAUCAGGAUUUUUUUAAAAGAACAAAAGCUAUUGAAGACAACAAAAUACAAAGAUAUAUUAAAUGAAAAAAUUGUAAUACAAGAAAAUAUAGUUGAUCAAAACACACAAGUAUUAAUGAAAUCAAAAGAUUCUAUGGUAUUGAAAAUUAAUGAAGUACUGCAAAAAUUAAGUAUUGUUUUAAAGGAAAUAGAUUUUACAAAAAUUGAACAGAAUUCUGAUUACUUUAAAUUUAAAGAGAGUUUAAUAUUUUUGAAAAAUAAUUUUGAAGUAGAUUUAACUAUCCCCAAUAUGUAA